AUGUCACCCGCCGUGAUCUCUGAAAUGCAGCCAGAUCUGCACCGUGAACAGCUCGAGGCCGUUGGCACAGCCCUCGAUGCUCUCCUACUAACCGUGUACCGACUGACUCACAGACACCAUGAGCUGUUCCAGCACAUGGAUGAUGUCUACAAGGAGUAUUCAGAAGUGAUAGACAUUCUGCCUCCCAAAGAUAGACCUCAUGCAUUGGACAUUCAAUCGAAACUGCUCGCGCAAACAGAAGAAUACCGUCAGGGCCUCGUACACAGCAAACCUCCCGUGGAGGAGCAACUGCUGAAUUCUAUGGAUGUAAUAAACACACUCGUUGCACAUCAAAAUGUAGACGAAAUUACCUUUUCGGCCAUAAAGAACGGGGUAAAAGGCUGCAAGUCCUUGCUCCGCUCUUCAGACGCUCUUUCCCAAAUAUCCUCCAACUCGUGCAUCGGGCAAGCACCGGCUCCAGCAAUCACGCUGGAGAAGGACUUCACAACGAAUGGCACCCAGGGGCAGUUGCACUGUCCCUUCUCCAAACCCAAUAACAUGAAAACCGAGACUGGCAGUGAAGCCCCCAGCGGGCAAAACUCUGCGAAGAUACACAUCGAAUCCACCUGCGGCCACGAUAAUCUCGACCCUGUCAAGGCCGAGCUAGACGAACUACGAUCCAACCGUGCCCCGUCAGCUCCGUCAUCGAAAGGAGCAUGCCCGGUGUCCCGAUGCCCGAUCCGAUUCCUCAACCAACACUCUCCCGAAGAAAUAGCCGAUUACGUCGAACGACACAAACAUGAGAUCCCACGAAGCCAUGCCAUCUGUGUCAAGCGCUACCAGCGAAACCCACAGGACAUGCGACAACUCGACGCGAAGUACGGCGGCCUGACCAGUAUGAUCGCCGGCCUGGGUGUCAAGCACCAAGCCUUCCUGCCAGACCGACAGACCGGCGAAGGCCACUCCUCUGCUUCUGCCUCUACCCAACGUGUUGAGAAAUGGGCCGAGAACGUGGACCCCGUCACCUCCGACGCCGAUCUCGAGGACGGUAAGGGCGAUGAUAAUGAUGAAGAUCGCCAGGGUCGCUUUGACCGUCCCCUCCGUGAAGUCCGCGUGGGUGAAUCUCCAAGUCGGCCCUGGGGCAUCUCAGUGCCCGUUACAAGUCUACCUCCCAUCUCAGAGCCACCCUCCGGUGCGACAUCUAUUCCUACCUCUCCCGAACCUCAAACCGACAAACCCCCCACCAAGCCCGCUGGCCGCUGUCCAUUUGGCCACGACCGACCAAAGCCGGAUGCCCCCGAACCGGAACCUGAGUUGGAGAAGCCAUCGAGUGCUGAACAGACCCCGGUCGAGAAGGCUGCCAGAGCAGAGAAACCCGGUUGUCCAUUUGGCCACGACAGACCCAAGGCCGAAGCUACAGAGCCUGCACCGCUCUGGACUGGCAUGCCCAAGGACCAAACAGCCAUAGGGGGAGAUAUUCCUCAUAUUACUCCGAACCCUGCAGUUGCUGCGAGCGAGGACCCCACGAAACCCAGCCUCCACUCGGCGCUCUCGAAUGCCUCCCACGUCACCUUCAGUGGCCCCGUUUUCUUCGGCUACUCCGCCGAGGAGACGGCCAAGCUGCUGCAACAGCUUGGAAUGAGCAAAUGA